UCAUUCAUCCUCGCAGCAUAGCCUAUCUGUGAGUCAGAACAGGUUGCCUCCGCCUGCUGUCCUCCUCGAAGGACGUUGCUCUUGUUAAACUUUAACCAACUCAAGAAGCCAGUUAAACUGUAACUUCAUUUUCUCCUUCAGCCGGCAGCAUCCCACCAGGAGCUGGAGGGCGGAGACAGACAGAUGUACUGAUCCAGAACAAUGACCGAGAGAAUAAAAUGGGAGAGAUAAACAACACCGGAGAGACACAUACACCUGCUGCCUCAGUUAUGGAUCAAGAGGAAGCUUCAGCUGGAGAAGGGGCCGACUCCCAGCAGAUGUACAGGAUAGAGCGCCCGGUCUAUGAUGAAGCCUUCAUCAGGUCGCAGCUUCUCAACCGCAAAGAAAACUCCACCACCCUCCGACAGAGGCUGGCACACAAGUUCCGGUGUUCAUCAAAGAAGGCCAAGUCGGCGGCUUUGAGCUUUCUUCCUAUUCUAACGUGGCUGCCAUCCUAUCCGGUCAAGCAGUACCUGUUUUCAGACGUGGUCUCGGGCCUCAGCACAGGAGUUGUGCAGCUCCCUCAAGGUCUAGCCUACGCUAUGCUGGCUGCUGUGCCUCCAGUUUAUGGUCUGUACUCCUCAUUCUACCCCGUCCUGCUCUACACCUUCUUUGGCACGUCCAGGCACAUAUCCGUAGGCACCUUUGCAGUGAUCAGUCUCAUGAUUGGGGCGGUUGCAGUGAGGGAGGCCCCCGACUCCAUGUUCUACGUCCUGCCCGCCAACGGAUCCAACGCGUCUGCCAUCCUGGACGUGGAGGCUCGUGAUGCCAGGAGAGUGCAGGUUGCCGUUGUGCUCACGACCCUGGUGGGAAUCAUCCAGUUUGCCUUAGGUCUUCUCAGGUUUGGCUUUGUUGCGAUCUACCUCACAGAGCCUCUGGUGCGAGGCUUCACUACAGCUGCGUCAGUGCACGUUGUCAUCUCUCAGCUGAAGUACCUGCUGGGGGUGAAAACACAGCGCUUCAGUGGGCCCCUCUCUGCCAUUUAUAGCGUCAAGGCGGUCCUCAGUGACAUCACCAGCACCAAUGUCUCCACUGUCAUCCUGGGCCUGGCGUGCAUCGUCUUCCUGUACGGGGUCAAAGACCUCAACGAGCGCUUCAAAAAGAAGCUGCCUAUUCCCAUCCCUGGAGAGAUUAUCGUGGUCAUCGUGUCAACCAGCGUCUCGUAUGGAAUGUCCUUAUCGGAGGACUACAAAGUGGAGGUGGUCGGGAAGAUACCAAGCGGGCUUCUCCCUCCGUCAGCCCCGGAGUUCUCCCUGCUCCCCAAUUUGGUCACAGACUCAUUUGCCGUAGCAAUUGUAGGAUUCUCAAUGGGCAUCUCACUUGCCAAGACCUUCGCCCUGAAGCACGGCUACAGCGUUGAUGGCAACCAGGAGCUGAUCGCACUCGGCCUGUGUAACUUCAUCAGCUCUUUCUUCCAAACCUUCGCCAUCACUUGCUCCAUGUCCAGGAGCCUAGUGCAGGAAAGCACUGGUGGAAAAACACAGAUCGCGGGGCUGCUGGCCUCUCUCAUGGUGCUGCUGGUGGUGGUGGCCAUUGGUUUCGUCUUCCAACCGCUCCCUCAGACUGCACUGGCUGCCAUCAUCAUGGUGAACCUGUUGGGCAUGUUCAAACAGUUCAGAGACAUUCCUGCUCUGUGGAGGACCAGCAAGAUCGAACUGGCCAUCUGGCUGGUGGCCUUUGUGGCGUCUGUGCUGUUGGGACUGGACUACGGCCUCCUGGUGGCCCUCGCAUUCGCCAUACUAACAGUCAUCUACAGAACACAGAGCCCUAAAAGUGCCGUCCUGGGUCAUGUUCCCGGCACAGGGCUGUACUGUGAUGUGGAUGAGUAUGAAGAGGCGGCUGAAUAUGAGGGGAUUAAGAUUUUCCACUCCAACUCUUCAAUCUAUUUUGCCAACAGUGACCUUUAUGUGACUGCCCUCAAGGAGAAGACAGGAGUAAACCCUGUGGCCUUGCAAGCUGCCCGGAAAGCCCAAAAGAAACAGAUGGAGAAAGCAAAUGGCAACCACAAACCCUCACUGAAGAUGAGUGGCAAGGACAAGCAGCAGGAAGUGACCCAUGAGGUUUUGUCCUAUGACCUUGUGGUGGAGGAGCAGAGGAACGGCCAGUUGGGGGACAGCCACAGGGAGUCUCACUCAGAGGAGGCGGUCUUCCUUGAACCUCCCCUCAGCGCCGUCCACACCAUCAUCCUGGACUGGACGCCCGCCAGCUUCAUCGACUCCGUGGGAGCCAAAGUCAUCAAACAGGUUAUCAAGGAAUACGCAGCUGUGGACGUUCAAGUGGUCAUAGCCAGCUGCAGCAGAAGCCUGCUGUCCGAGCUGGACACCUUACAGUUUUUCACCGGGAUUGUUACGCCGGCGAUGGUGUUCCCCACCGUCCACGAUGCCGUGCUGCGCUGUCAGCGCUCAAAUCCCCGCCCGUCAGCGGCACCGUCCGAUGGGACAACCUGACAGGAGGUGACACCUGUAACCAAGGAGAGCAGCAAGGGUCCUGACUCAGACAGCAGAUCUGGGAGGUCCUUCACCCAACUGUAGGUGUGAUGAACUUUGAUGCUUCAGCAUCACAGUUGGGAUGAACCGAACAGACAUUCAUAUUGAAUAGAUGGGUUUGUAGCUAGGGCUGGGUAGCAUUUAAAAGAUUACGACACCGGUACCAAUAGUGUUUUUUCUCUACUUUAUUUGAAGUAAAAUUUCUGAAAAUGCUACCACCACGUUUAUGUUCAUCAGACGCCACAAGUACUAAAGCCAUACUUUCCAACAUUUUGGUGGCAUUUCGGAGCACUUAACUGCCAACUCUGUCAAAUUCACGACACAACAUAAUGUAUGGGCUGGAGCUUAGCGGGCCAAUCACACGUUGCAUUAAAUUGAAGAACGCUUGCGGAGAUUUUGACUGCAUUCAAAACUGUACAAUGGUAUUUUUUCUAGUUCUGGGUCCAUGAAAGAUCGAAUGCAGGUACUGUUUGACUGGAGGAGUUUUGAUACUUGAUACUGGUUCAUUUAGGUCUAUAUAUCCAGCCCUCUUGGUAGCACUGAUGGAUGCUUUUCCCUCUCAUGAAGCACCGAGUCUGACAGCCUUGUUAAUUUACAGGCACCCAGGGCAGUGAGAUACAAGGCAGUUUUAUGAGCUUGUAUCUAAUCAGAAAUUCAGGACUGAGUUUCCAACUGACGUUCCUCUAGUAUUUUUAUUAUUGUGUUUAAAUUGUCACUGUUGUGUUGGGAUAGGUGUAUUUUAAAAUAAGCUGCUGCCAACCAAAUGACAUUUGAGAAUCAUUUACAGUUACUUAUGGAAACUUGAAGCUGCCUCUCUUUAUCAUGCUGGUAUCAAAUGUUUGUUACUGAGAAGUUGUGUCCUGGUGGAUUCAUGAGAAUCUAUUUUCAGCUGCAAUUAUGGAUUAAAACCAGCAAGAGUCAUGGGUCAGUUAGCAGUAUCAUGUUUGUUGUUACAGUACACUGCUGUUUAAGUCUGCAUUCAAUAUAAAUGUAGGAUUGUAUAUUUUGGUGUUUCCUAUUUAAAAAAAAAAAAAAAAAAAAAAAAAAGUUGUGAUGUUAUUGUAUAACACAGGAUGCCUUUAAAGUUACUAUGUGGUUAUCUUACAACGUUUAACAAAUCACUGAGACUCAAAUCUGGA